AUGACGAUAUCUUACUCUGGAAACUUCUUCCGCCUUCUACUGCGAUGGAAGGGAUCCAUUUGGAGAUCAGUAUGGAGAGAGCUCUUCUUCUUUCUUUUUCUUUUUUAUGCAAUUCGAUUCACAGCUCCACACUUUUUCGACUGGGCAGAUCCCGACGAAACCAAGGGAUACAGAAAAAUAUUCAAAGUGAUGUGCAACGAAUUUCACGAAUACACAAAAAUGAUUCCCUUGACUUUCUUGCUGGGAUUCUAUGUUUCUAAUGUGGUUUCGAGAUGGUGGCGUCAAUUCGAGUGUCUAAAAUGGCCCGAAGAUUUUCUCUCAAUCCUUUGUCUUCUUCUUCCAUCCAAAGAAUCCCGUCCUGCACGUCAUCAAAUUGCUCGCUAUCUCAAUUUGACUUCUGCUUUGGCUUGGCGAGAUGUCUCCACAAAAAUCCGCCUUCGUUUCCCAUGCCUUCGAAAUAUCAUCGACGCCGGAUUGCUGACGGAAAAAGAAUACGAAAAACUUCAGGAUAUUAAUGAACCCUCUCCUGGAAUCCGUUGGCUGACUCCUCUCCACUGGGUCCAGCAACUGAUUGAUGCUGAAAUCGCAGCAGGAAGAGGAUCUGUAAACUAUGUUUCGGUGGCUAUGAAUGAGCUGAAGGCAUUCAGAAUUUCAUUCAGAAGACUGUAUUGCCACGAUUGGGUCUGUGUUCCAUUGGUUUAUACUCAGGUUGCCGCUCUUGCCACGUAUUCAUACUUCUUCUUCUGUCUUUUUGGACGCCAAGAUUUGAAUCACGACGAUUUCUAUUCUCUUGAUUCCUUCUUCCCUUUGUUCACAGUUGUUCAAUUUUUGUUCUUUGUCGGAUGGUUCAAGGUCGGUCAAGAUCUGAUGCGUCCGUUUGGUUUGGAUGAUGAUGAUUUUGAAUUGUCUUACAUUCUUGAUAGGAACAUUGUUACUUCAUUUACAAUUGUUGACUCACUUCAAGAUGAUGAUCCACCAAAAUUCGAAGAGGACGUCUUCUGGAAACAUCAUAGCGAGCAACAACAAAUGCAUCAAAACAUGUUCCUUCCAAAAGUUCCGAGUUCAUUGAAGUGGGGACGGAUUGAUUUGAGCCGUAAUGCUCACAAACAUCCUCCAAAACUGCAUACAUAUCUGGAAAUGAAGAAUCAGGAUCCAGAAGAAUACAAGAAUCGGAAAAAUAACAAGUUCAUUGCUUGGUAG